AUGCCGCCAAAUUCCCCUCAAGUCGAACCUGAACCCCAUGAAUCAAUCAACGCCAUCUCGACAAUCGAUUCCUAUAACCUACUUGUCAUCGCCCUCUGCUCCUCCACCUGCAACCCCCACAGCCUCGCACUCCCAAUGCUCUUCCACCUCCUCACCUGCGGCCACAUAGUCACCAUCGACCACCCCGACCAGCGCUGCGCCCGAAACUGCCACCACACCCUCUCCACUCCCUUGCCGCCCUCACCCAGCGCAUUCCAAGAGCCACAGUACACGUACGUUUCUUCCUUCCUAGCUACCCAACAACUCGACUUGAUCGACCACAGCGACGACAAAAUCACACUCAUCGCCGGCGGCACCGAGGCCCACACCGAUACUCUCUACUGCGAAGUCUGCACGGGAAUUCCGUUUGACAAGUACUACACCAUGUUGCCUCCCACAAGCACCUCUUUUCCUCGCCGCUGUCUGGCGCUCUCGCGCGCUAUUAUUGCUGCGGCGACGAUGCUUCCUGCGCCGGCUGUAGAGGAGCUGCUGUGCCCGGUGUUGUAUGUGCCUGGACGCGUGCCUCAUGAGUUGAAGUGUGGGCAUAGGGUUUGGUGUGUGCCGGAGAGGCGGUGCGGGGUUAAUUGUAGGGAUAUGGGAUGGAAGGGGGUGGAUGGGGUUGUUUGUGCGGAGUGUGUGGGGAGAGGGGAAAGGGUGUAUCGAAGGUAUUGGGGGGUUGCAGUGAAGUGA